AUGGGCAAGCUCGCCCGCAAGCUCCGCCCGCACUCCGAGGACUCCCACUCCUCCACCGAAGACCUCUCGCUCUCCCAUACCGGCGAGUCGCUCAGCCGGAACCAGCUGCGCAAGCAUGAGAAGACCUCCCACAAGCAGGAGCAUCGCAAGGAGGCCGAGAAGCGCAUGGCCGAAGACAAGGCGCGCCGGGACGAGAUUGAGAAGAAAGCGCUCGAGAACGAGACGGAGGAGCAGAAGACCAAGUAUGGCACGCUGCCCAUCAACAAUUACGCCGGCGACGACAAGAUGAUUGUCGAGAGCACCAAGAUCCUCGGCUUCAAGGCCGCCGACGUGGGCAAGAAGGUCACCUUCCGCGCUCGCAUCCACAACGUCCGCAAGCUGAGUGCGCACUUGAUGUUCAUCGAGCUGCGACAGCAGACGGCCACCAUCCAGGGCAUCCUGCACGAGCAUGACCUCGUCUCCCAGCACUUCCUCUACUGGGCUGAACAUCUGCAUGUCGAGACCAUCGUCCUCGUCACCGGUGUCCUCCAGCAGCCCAAAGCCAAGCAGGGCGAAGUCCAGGGUGUUACCAUCAAGGAUGUCGAAGUUCAGAUCUCGGAGAUGUUUGUCGAGGCCACGCCCAGCGAGCCCCUGCCCUUCACCGUGCACGAGGCCGAGGUCACCUACGCCCAGACGCAGCAGGAAGGCGACACUCGCCAUCGCGUCUCCGAGCGUGCCCGCAUCAACAACCGCAUCGUCGACCUGCGCACCACUGCCGCCCAAAGCAUCUUCCGCAUCCAGUCGGCCAUUUGCCAGGCCUUCCGCUCCCAUCUCUACAGCCAAGGCUUCACCGAAAUCCACACCCCCAAGCUGCAAGGUGCCGCUUCCGAGUCUGGUGCGUCGGUGUUCAAGGUCAACUACUUUGAUCGCCCCGCUUUCCUCGCUCAAUCGCCGCAGCUGGGCAAGCAGAUGUGCGUGGCUGCCGAUCUGGGCCGGGUCUUCGAGGUCGGCCCGGUGUUCCGCGCCGAGAACAGCAACACCCAUCGACACUUGACGGAGUUUACGGGUCUCGAUCUGGAGAUGCAGAUUGAGAACCACUACCACGAAGUCCUGCGCGUGCUGGACGGCACGUUCAAGGCCAUGUUCAAGCACGUCUACGACAACUACCGCACGGAAAUUGAGAUUGUCAAGACGCAGUUCCCGCACGAGGAUCUCGUGUGGCUCGACGUGACACCCGUCCUCCCUUUUGCCGAUGCCGUCAAGAUGCUCAACGAUUCCGGCCAUCGCGAUGAAAACGGCAAGGAGUUGCCCUUGGAUGAGGAUCUGGGUACGCGCGACGAGAUCGCUCUCGGCCGUGUCGUCAAGGAGAAGCUGGGCACCGACUUUUACGUCCUCGACAAGUUCCCCGCCUCCGCUCGCCCCUUCUACGCCAUGCCGGACCCGAAGGAUUCCAAGAUCACCAACUCCUUUGAUAUCUUCCUGCGUGGCCAGGAGAUCCUGUCUGGUGGCCAGCGUAUUCACGACGCCCCCAUGCUGAUUGGUAGAAUGGAGGCCUUAAAGAUGGACCCGAAGACGAUGGAGGAGUACAUGACCGGCUUCGAGUGGGGCUGCCCGCCGCAUGGCGGUGGUGGUAUCGGCCUCGAGCGUAUUCUCAUGCUGCUGCUUAAGCUGGGCGACAUCCGAAACGCCACGCUGUUCCCUCGCGAUCCCAAGUCUUUGCCAUACACCCCGCCGGUCAAGCAGUUGCGUCAUCCCGAAGCCAGCACCAUGCCUCCUCCAUGGCACCCGCAGGAUCGCGCGACGGCCGGCAUGGACUUCCAGCCGCUGGAGAAGCUGAUUGCCAACUACGGCGAUGCCUCCAACACCUCCUGGCUCGAGCCGAAGUUCGAAAUCUGGCGAGAUCCGUCCACGGGCGCUGCGGUCGGUUUCGUGCCGCACGGCCAAGGCUUCGCCAUCACCAUCGGCGACCCCCUCUGCCACCAGUCCCAAUACGCCAAGACCGUCGCCGGCUUCAUCCGCUACAUCAAGAAAGAGCGCCAUCUCAAGCCCAUUUGGCUCCUUUGCGGCGCGCCGGUGGAAGAAGUGCUGGCCAACAAGUUCGACUGGCGCACGUUUUCCGUCGCCGGCGAGCAGCGCCUCGAUCCCGGCAACAGCGCCGGCGCCAAGGACCCCGACGUGCUGCGCAAGAUCCGGCACGCGGAGAAGGAGGGCGUCAGAAUCCACGACAUCCCCAUCGGCACCCAGGUGCCCGACGCCAUCCGCGACAAGAUCGACCAGCGCGUGCAGGACUGGCUCAAGGGCCGCAAGGGCAAGCAGGUCCAUCUUACCGAUGUGCACCCGUGGCAGGACGUGGCGCAUCGCCAGUACCACUACGGCACCACGCCCGACGGCCAAAUCACCGGCCUCGUCAUCAUGGCGCAGCUCUCGCCCGAGCACGGCUGGCAGGUCAAGUUCUCCCUCGACUUCCCCGGCGCGCCGUCCGGCUCCAUCGAGGCGCUUGUCAUGCACGCGCUCAAGGCGGCCGCGUCGACGGGCGCGACGUCCGUCACGUUUGGCGGCGGCGCCAUGGCCAAAUUCACACCCGGGCACAACUUGAAGGGCACGCGCGUCAAGGUGCUGAGCAAGGCGUACCACGCCAUUGCCACGGAGCUCAAGUUGACCAAUAAAACCGAGUUUCGAGAAAAGUUGGGCGCGAUCGAGGAUCCAAUCUGGAUCGGCUACCCGCCUCACGGUCUCGGCGCCUCGGGCGCCCGCGCCGUCAUCACGUUCUUCGAAGACGACGACGACGCCGGCAAGGUGUAG